AUGGAGUACAAUAAACCAGAUGCGUUGGUUUUAACAGGUAAUUUGUCAGAAAAUUGGCGCGUUUUUCGUGAAGCGUUCGAGAUUUACAUUGAGGAGGCUGGUCUAACGACAGCGUCUAACAAACGUCAGGUGGCCAUUUUUCUUAACCUUGUUGGUAAAGAGGGCCUAGAGAGGUAUAACACUCUCAAGUUUGAAAACGUCGAAGACAAUAAGAAAAUUGAUCAAGUGUAUAUAUUUUAUAAACGGUCUCAAAAAGAAAAUGAGUCUAUUGAGGAGUUUCUGUCAGCGUGUCGUGGUUUGAUAAAAGAUUGUGAAUUUAAAUUCUAUGAAGAAAUUUUACGUGACAAAAUUGUUCUUGACACGAGAGAUAGCGAGACUCGCGACAAGUUAUUUAAGCAAGCUGAUGUUACUCUUGAAGCUGCAAUAGAAACCCUUCGUAUUGCUGAAAUUCAACGAAAAGAACUCAAUCAAAUGAAGGAGAUUGGUGAAAAACAAAAUGAAGUAAAUGCAGUUCAUUCAAAAGUACGUGGUGGUAAGCAUACAUAUCAAGCUCAACAGAACAACGGUAACAACGGACAUCGUGGUCAAUGUCAAACGAAUCAACGACAGGCAAAAGGAAAAGGAUAUAGUCAACAGGAGGAGUCACCACAGGUUUUCAAAAAUACGGGUAAUUUUUCUGCAAUUUUAGGUCUGCAUAGCUGUAUACAUUUAGGUCUUAUAAAUAAAGUAGAAAAUGUUGAUAAGAUUUUAAGUCGUAAUGAUGUACUGGAGAAUUAUUGCACGGUUUUUACAGGUCUUGGUAACUUUCCCGAUGAAUAUAGCAUACAAUUAAAGCCCAAUGCAAUACCUGUUACGAAUGUUUCACAUAGAGUUCCUAUUAAUAUCCAAAAUAAGAUGAAAUGUGAAUUACAUCGAUUAGUGUCAGAAAAAAUAAUUAGAGAAAUAAAUGAGCCGACUGAGUGGGUAAAUAGAUUAGUGAUUGUUGAAAAGAAAAAUUGGAGUAUGAGAUUAUGUCUUGAUCCACGCGAUCUAAAUGAAAAUAUAAUUCGUGAAUAUUGUGUAAUCCCUACAUUAUCAGACUUAUCGUCAAAACUGAAAAAUGCAAAGGUCUUUUCUGUUUUUGAUUUGAAAGAUGGUUUUUGGCAAAUAAAAUUAGAUUUAGAGAGUUCUAAAUUAUGUACGUUUGGUACUAUGUUUGGUACUUUUUGUUUUAAUAGACUUCCUUUUGGAAUAAAUAAUGCAGCUGAAAUAUGUCAAAAAUGGAAUAUGAAAGUGUUUGGAGGCAUGAAAUUAGAUGGUGAUCAUAUUAAAUCUAUUUUCGAGUAUGAGAUACCAAAAACUAUAAAAGAUUUACAAAGAUUCUUAGGUAUGGUUAAUUAUGUCGGAAAAUUUAUUCCUAAUCUGGCAAUGUUGACUAAACCACUAAGAGAUCUUAUUAAAAAGAAUAAUGAGUUUGUAUGGACAUCAAUACAUAAUGAGUGUGUAAAUAAACUUAAAACAAUAAUUGCUAGUCCCUCUGUACUUAGAAACUAUGAUAACACAAAAGAAGUGAUUAUACAGACAGAUAGUAGUAAAUUUGCCAUUGGAUGUGUUUUGUUACAAGAAGGCAGACCAGUCUGUUUUAAAUCGAAAAGCUUAUCUGAAACCGAAAUUAACUACGGACAGGUUGAUAAGGAAUUUCUGUCAGUCUUAUUUGCGUGUAAGGUAUUUCAUCAUUAUAUUUAUGGUAGGCGUGUGACAGUUCAAACAGAUCACCUUCCUUUAAUUUCACUAAUGAAAAAGAACAUAAACGACAUUCCGUCUAAAAGACUUCAAUGCAUUAAUGUCAAAUUAUCACGAUAUGAUAUUAAUCUUAUACAUGUACCGGGGAAAAAAAUGUUUAUCGCAGAUGCACUAAGUCGAGCGUGUAUAUCGUCUCAAGAUAACGAUGUUGAUAUCGAUGUCUCCGAUGUAGUCCAUUCAAUUAAUAUGUCUACAAAUAUUCGAAAUGAGUUUGUACACGAAACAAUUAAAGAUGAUUUAUUAAAACAAUUAGUAUACGUGUGCAAGAAUGGCUGGCCUAACCAAAACAAUAAGGUCUCGCGUGAGCUUAAACCAUACUUUAGUAUGCGUUACCAAAUAGCAUUUGAGGACGAUUUACUUUUUCUUAAUAAUCGUGUGUUUGUCCCUAUUAGGUUACAGAAUAGAAUUUUAUUUAAACUACACGAAGCUCAUCUUGGAAUUUGUAAAACUAAAACGAGAGCACGUUCUUUAUUUUAUUGGAAAGGUUUAGAUAAAGAUAUCGAGGAAUAUAUUGGUAGCUAUGCAGUAUGUAAUAAAUUUAGGAGCGAGAAUACUAAAGACCCUAUGAUAUGUCAAGAAGUUCCUAAUCUACCUUUUGAGAAAGUUGCAUGUGAUAUUUUGGAUUAUGGGAAAGAUACUUACCUAGUACUAGUUGAUUACUAUUCCGGUUGGCUUGAAUUAAAUUAUUUAUCUUCUAAAACCUCAAGUCAAAUAAUUAAAAUACUAAAAGUUAUUUUUUCGAUACACGGGAUUCCAAAGCAACUUGUGGCAGACAAUAUGCCUUUUAAUUCUAACGAAUUUCAGAAUUUUGCGACUGAUUGGGAAUUUGUUUUAACUACGUCAAGCCCUAGAUACCCAAAAUCUAACGGACUUGCGGAAAAAGGUGUAAGUAUUGCGAAAUCAAUACUAAAAAGAUCGGAUGAAGGUAAAGUUGAUAAGCAACUAAUGUUGUUAGAAUAUCGUAACAGUGCUAUUAUUGGCUCUAAGUUUUCCCCAGCACAACUUUUAAUGAGUCGCAUUUUAAGAUCGAAAAUUCCAAUCUUAAACAACUCUCUAAAGCCUACUUUAAAAUGCCAAAGUUAA